AUGAAUCCUUAUUUGAACGAGUCGAACUUUAAACUAGCUAAAUAUGAUGAAUUUCCCGGCAAAACUGAUGCAAGUGUCAGGCGGACAAGUUCAACAAUUCAGCUGUUUUCUUUAAAAUUGCGCAAACCUCAAGAAGCAAACAAACUGAAAACAACAAUUUUAGCAUGGCAAGAUAUUUUAAAGAGACCAGCUGAGGAAUUCGGAAAUGACUCAAUGCUUGAAGAAUUGUGGGCCAAAAAAGCAUUUGAACACGCAGAAACUCACUUUAAUCUCUUGUGCAGUGUUGAUCCCCGGCUGCUCAAACUUUCCCCAUUUGAUGACAUUAUCUUCACAGCAUUUCGUGAUGAGUUCCCAGACUUAAAGGUAGACGUUCUAAACGAAGAUGAUCUGAAAAAUGAUUUAUCUAAAAUGAAGUGGAGAAAUUUUAUUGAGAGAUUUAAUAAACUCGAGGAUUACAGUUUUGGAACAUUAAUCCGCGCUGAUGCUUCAAAAGAAUUUUCCCCUGAGAACUCAAUUUUUGUCGUUCGACUUCAGUUUUUGGCUAUUGAAAUUGCGAGAAAUCGGGAAGGAUUUAAUGACUCAAUAAGAAAUAAAUUUGGGAAAAAUAAUUGA